AUGAAACUUAUUUGGCCGGAAUACUUGUACUUGAGCCAGUCCUGGACUCUGGAGGAGACAUUACUUGAGCAAAAGACUACUGAAGCGCGGUGGUUUCCUCAGGUAUACCUCGAUUAUACAUCGUUGAGGCCAGGCAAUCAGCUUUGGGUUCGCACAUCUCAAGCCUUCACCAUCGAGUUGGAAUACCUCCUCCCAUUUCCAAUACCUGUUAACAACUUUCGAUAUUCGCUCCCCAACCCACCCAUUCGGGUCCACCCAAUUUCAGUUAAUGGACUCGCGGUUCUGGCGCAAAAACAACGAUGCCACCCCCUCAACCGGCAGGCAACACAGAUGGAGAGCUUGGCGGAUCCAUACCAGGUCCAAGUUGGCCAGAUCUAUCGACUCCCCUCCGUCACAAAUAAUUUAGCUCUUUGUAGCGCACAAGCGCAAUCUUUCUUCGAGAGACCUCUCGGCCAGCCCUUUCUCGUCAUACAGAUCCGACCACGACGCAGCUCCCCAUCUGAGGGGGGACAAGGCCUACCCAUCGUGCGCGGUCUGGCUCUCACAAGUUUCCAUAACCAGCCGAUCAGAAAUCACUACCAUCGUCAAGACCGUAAGACUGCCUGGAUACGCAGACAGUACAUACCGGUAGAAGGAAGCGGAACAGAGAGCCACGACGAGAUACCCUAUGCACAGCUCAGUGAAGACAGUGCACAGCUCAGUGGCAAAUGGUAUAUCAACGUCAUGCGCCACUUUGACAUUACCUCCCAAGAGCUGUGUGCAUGGACGGCCGAGGGUACGAAACCUAUUCGAAUCUGGAACCUGGACGAGCUGUGGAAGUACUCGACGGCCAUGAGGGAAGUCGGAAAGAGAAGGUUCAAGGCUCGAUCGCAGGGAAAGGACCAGGAUAUGGUGGAUUUCAAUGUCGACUGGACUACUGAGAAUGGAUUGCCAGAGGUGUUGGGAGAGUACAGGAGCGAUUCGUCUCUGGAGAUCGGAACGGAAGACUCUCGUAAACAACGGAUUCGAGAUGAACAGAAGGUCGUAUUCGUCAACAACGCUCGUACGCCGACGCCCGCAGGCCGAUGA